CAUCACAGACCUGGUGGCUAUCUCGGUCUUCAUCUUUGGGUUCCUGCUGCGGCUGGAGCCUGAGCCCUACAUGGGAUAUGGCCGCGUCAUCUAUUGCGUCGACAUCAUCUUCUGGUACAUCCGAGUUCUUGACAUCUUCGGAGUAAACAAAUACCUGGGGCCCUAUGUCAUGAUGAUCGGCAAAAUGAUGAUCGACAUGUUGUACUUCGUGGUUAUCAUGCUGGUGGUGCUGAUGAGUUUUGGUGUAGCUCGGCAGGCCAUCCUCCACCCAGAUGAGGAGCCGACGUGGCGCUUGGCCCGCAACAUCUUCUACAUGCCCUACUGGAUGAUCUACGGAGAGGUGUUUGCCGACUCCAUAGACC